GGGAGGGGAAGGAGACAGGGAGAGAAAAAGGAAGCUCUCCGACAAGUUUUUGUGUGUAUUUCUUCAAAGUUACACAAAGUUUCACAAUCCAAAGGUAUUACUGGAGGCCUGGUGGGGAUCAACAUGCUGAGGAGGGACAUCUGAAAGGAGGGACGGACAUCUGUUUGCCAGCAGUCGUGCACAGCUGAUGACAACAUCAAAUAUAACACUUUUUAAGGCCUUGGGCCUCGAGUGACCAUAAGAAGAUCCUGGACAGAGAAAAGGACACAAAAUGUCCUCUGAACUGGACUCCAGUCUCACCAGUAUUGACUGGCUGCCUCAGCUGGGAAUCAGUACCCUGCGCUCGGGGAGAGAAAGAGGUGGAGGAGGAGGAGGAGGAGAGAGGGACAAGAAGAAAGACAGAGGGAGGGAGAGAGACUUUCUACCCUCUGUGCCGGACCCCUCCCCUUCUAACUACAAAGGAAAACCUCCUCACAGCUACGCCACUCUCAUCGCCAUGGCAAUAGCAGCUGCACCUGAGAGGAAGUUGAGUUUGAAUGACAUCUACACCUGGAUCAGUGACACUUUUCCCUACUACAGCCGAGCCGGCCGUGGAUGGAAGAACUCCAUUCGUCACAAUCUGUCCCUGAAUAAAUGCUUCAGGAAAGUUCCUCGGCCUCAGAAUGACCCCGGCAAGGGCUCAUACUGGACGAUGGAUGGACCUGCAGAGGUGAAUCAAGCGAGGGCACCGAAACGUCCCUAUCCAGAGGAGGAAGAGCAGAGGCUGGAUGUUCCUCAAGUCCAGGGGACACAAGCAGUGAGAGGAGCCUCUCCUCAUCAACCGCCACAACCUCCCUCCCACACAGACCACCAGCUGCUCAAUACAGAGCCACUGGGAGCUAUCCAGCAGCAGUCGCCCCACUCUGCGUCCCUCUCUCCUCCCCCAUGCAAGGUACCCAACCGUCAACCCUACAUGCCGAGCCCUGGGUCCAUUCACCCUGUCCAUCAUCCCUCUGCUUCUCCUUCAGCUGGGCUCCCACCUGCUCCCCCCAUUUCUUCCAUUAACUCCUUCCCACCUCCCCAUCCACCCGGCCCCACUUUCUCCGUCCCCACUGCCUCUGCUACCCCUCUGUCUGCAGCCAACAUGUCUGCAGCGUCUCCAGUGGCUCCCUCUUUCUCUGAUGCCACUCUGUCCUUCCCUGCUAACUCAGUAUCUGUCCCCACUUUCUCCUGCGCUCCUAACGCAGCACCUGUGUCUGUCUGCACUGUGUCAGGACCCAUUCACUCCUCUGUGUGUGUCGUCCCUUCAUCUGUUGCUCCUGUUGUCUCAGUAAACUCCUCCACUGAUCCUCCGCUGCGCUUCACCUUCGAUGAGAUGAUCUUACCAGACCUGUACGCGUCUUUCAAGUCUCUAUUCAAGACCAUGCGUGAGAGGGGAGGCUCACAGUCGGAUGUUGCUCCUCUGGCUGUUCCGCACAACGACACUACCCCGCUUCACACUCCGACCCUGCUACCGUUGUCUCCUCCCCCUGCGCCUGCACUGCCUGCACCACCUGCACCGCCUGCGGCAGCUGCACCAGCUGCACACCCUCCUGAGACGGAGCGCAUCCCACAGUACACGGUGCCAGCUGACUGGUUCAGUAACCCAGAUUCUCUGAAGGAGAGCUUCCGCAUUGCCAGCAGUCUGGACUGGGCAAACAUAGACCUCUCUGGUCAUCCAGACCUGCUGGAGAGCAUGCGGCAGGCGGAGCUCUGUGACUGGGCCCUGGACCCGGCCAUCUUCACUUCUCUCUGUGACUCUCUGAACCGCUUCUUCACUCAGAAAGGCAUGAUCACCUCCGGGAGCAACUCCCCACUCGCCCUCGGGGCACCUCACGUACAGGUCCCACCGUUCCCCUCCAACGCUCCUCCUACCCUCGCCAGCCUCACUCACCCCUCACCCCUUCCUUACUCUCCCAUGGCUCACCCCAUCAGCGCGGUGCAGCCGCCCCGAAGGGCUCUGCACAUGCAGGGACAGGGCCUUCAGAGACAACAGCUAACACAACCUGCAAACACCACCGCUGGGAUGCAGCCUCAGUCUAUGACUCCUCGACAGCGUCCUCCGUUAAAGAGUCUGCACAGCAACAGUGAGGAGAUCCAGGACGACUUUGAUUGGGACUCUCUGCUCGCCUGAGCCUCGCCGUCUGUGUGGAGAAACGAUCACAAAAGAACUUUUCAAAAAAAUGUAGCUCCUCGCAGCCGACUUCACUAAACUGUAUGCAGAGGUUGCCUCAUUCGUGGGAUCAAGUUUGUCACGUAUGACUGAAUGCUGUAUUUCAAAGUUGAUAUAUUUUUUUCACGUUUUAUUCAAAUUCAUAUGCUGUAAUAACUUCUGUUAAGCUUUUCUUCUGCAGGUAAUUAGCAGGGUGUUUUUUUCUGUCAGAUUUUAGAUUUCUAAACAUGUUCACUAAAGAAAAUAAAGUGUACAAUCAUUCCUGUCAAAUUAUUGCUCUCUGCAGCAAAAACCACAUAUUGACAUUAACUACAGAGCAAGCAUGAAACAAGCCAAACACACAUCCGGUGUUUUUGAUUUAUUUCAUAAAUUCCUUUUGAUUUUUUUUUCCAUUUUACUUUUCAAAUGUGAAUGUUCACAGUCAUCACCACACAAAAUUCAACCUUACCCGAUAAAAGAGAUAUUUUUGUUGUUGAUAUAAAAUAACAAUAAAUUCAUCAAACUAAAUUAAAAGAACAGCAUGGAGCAUGUUGUCAAGUCCCAUUUUUUUCUUCCUUUCAUUCAUUGAAAUAAUUGUCUUUUAUUUUUUAAAGAAGCAUCAGUAGCUUUCCCUCCUCGGAGGACGGAGGGAUGAAAUGGGGGGACAGUGGCGCUCUGGGACACCUGGACACCAGGGAUCUCAUAUGAAAUGUGUGAUUGGAUAAAAAAAAACAAAAAAAAAACAACUAAUGCUU